UCCUUUUAAAAGCUCUGAAAUCUUUCAGCAGCUACAGUGCUACCGUAGCCUAGUACAACAAGAUACUCCAUCUACUUACCUUUGUCUGGUUCCAGGCACAUCACCACUAAAUCGCUACGAUGAGUUUGGAUGUUGUUAAAGUUGACCUGAACUGUGAGAAGAACAACCGCGCCCACAACACCAUUGACAUCUCAGCGUCCAGACUCAUUGUCAGGAGGGGUCAGUCCUUCCUGGUCCGAUUAGAACUCCGUGGUCCCUUCAGGCCCACUACUGAUGUCCUGGAGCUGACGGUGGAGACAGGGCCCAAACCGUCGGAGCGGCUGGGGACCCGGUCGGUGUUCAGGCUCUCUGCCAGCCUUGGGAACGAUUCGUCCUGGAUGGCAGAGGUUCACAGGGAUUCAAAUCUCCCGGCAGGUUCAGUCACCCUUGGCAUCACCAGCCCAGCAAAUGCCCCAGUGGGAGAAUACAGACUCAGCCUGUCGGUAAAAACCAGCACCACUGCCGUAACGGGCCGUAGCCUAUGCAAACUGAUUCUGCUGUUCAACCCCUGGUGCCAAGAGGACUGGGUGUACCUACCUAAACAGGAGGAAAGGCAGGAAUAUGUGAUGACAGAACACGGCCUGGUGUUCAUUGGAGGUUCCAGAUCCAUCAGCUCUAUGGCGUGGGACUUUGGACAGUUUGAACCUGACAUUGUGGACAUUUGCCUGAAGAUGCUUGAUAUGAACCCGAAGUGUCUGAGAAACCCUCCUGAGGACUUCUCUGCUCGCUGCAACCCCAUCUACGUCAGUAGGGUGGUCAGUGCCAUGGUCAACACUAACGACGAUAAAGGUGUCGUUGCGGGGCGAUGGAGUGAGCCCUAUGCAGGAGGGGAGAGACCCACUAGCUGGCAUGGCAGUGUGGACAUACUGAGAAGGUGGUAUCAAUCCAACUGUAAUCCAGUCAAGUAUGGCCAGUGUUGGGUGUUCGCCUCUGUCAUGUGCACAGUACUGAGGUGUCUGGGAAUCCCGUGUCGAGUGAUUACUAACUUUGGGUCAGCCCACGACACCGACAAGAACCUGACAAUUGAUAAAUACUACUCCGAUUAUGGAAUCUGCCCAGAGUCAAACGACUCAGUCUGGAACUUCCAUGUGUGGGUGGAGGCCUGGAUGAAGCGGCCCGAUCUCUCACGCGACUCCCUGUACGACGGCUGGCAGGUUGUGGACGCCACCCCCCAGGAGACAAGCAAUGGUGUGUUCUGCUGCGGUCCAGCUCCGGUCAAAGCCAUAUUGGAGGGUCACACUGACCUCAAAUACGAUGUGGACUUUGUCUUCGCCGAAGUCAAUGCUGACCAAGUCGAAUGGAAGGUGUUUCCUGACGGCUCCAAGACAAGGAUAAACACAGACACUUCCUCUGUGGGCCAGAACAUCAGCACCAAGGCCAUCGGCAUUGACAGGAGACAGGACAUCACAGCCAAUUACAAAUAUGCAGAGGGCACAGAAAUGGAGAGAAUCGUGUACAAUCAGGCCGUGAGAAGAGGCACCAAACCCAGAUACAGUGACGAUACAGUUGACAACCAUCUCCAGAAUCGUUUGGAUGUAUCCCCAAGUAUUGUGUUGCUUAACAAGCCAGUCUACGGGCAAGACAUUGACCUCAAGCUUACAUUGAAAAACGAUGACCGUGUGACUCGAACCCUACUGAUUCGUGUCAACGCUCAGGCCGUGAGAAUCAAUGGCACCAUAUCAUCCCAGAUACAGAGUCAGCUAAUUGAACAGAUGAUCCUUCCCAACCAAGAUCUGGCCUUCCCCAUUCUCAUUCCCUUCUCUGUGUAUGGUGAGAAAAUGCUGGAGAGUAACAGUGUGAAGGUCUCAGCGGUGGUCAGUGACAAAGGCAACCCGGAGUUGGUGCGCAUCACAGAGCAGGACAUUGUCCCAGACACUCCUCCAUUCUCAAUCACAGCCAAUGGAUCUGCAGUGCUGUAUGGUGGUGAAAUGACAGCAGAGACUAUGUUUGAGAACCCUCUGUCUGAGUAUUUAACAGACUGUUGCAUCACAGUGACAGGGAGUGGCUUGCUGAAGCAGCCAAUAGAAUCCAGAAUUCCCAUGCUAAAACCAAGACAGCGGAUUCGUUUGACAUGGGCCUUCACUCCAAGCAGACCCGGCCUCAAGAAGCUUGUGGCCACCUUCGACUGCGGCCAAUUCAGGAACAUCAAGGCAAGCUGCAAUGUGGAAGUCAGACCUGCCCCAGGUGCCUGACAAAAAAACUCCCAUGAGUAAAUGGUUAUGUUCUGCACCCACCACACCUCAUGUAGGAGUGCAUGGUGUUUCUUUUCAUUCCUUCUCUCAGCUUUUAUUGACAUUUAAAUUAAGACUGUAGAUUGGAGGUCCAAACCUCUAAUGUUUGGGCUUUAUAAGAGGGGGCACUUGCACUCACAUACUCUAUGAGCCGGUAUUUGCAGUUAUAAUCAUAGAAGCUGAUGCCUUUCCUCAACAGACAGCAGGAUGUUAACCAACACUGUCCAACAGGCUUAGUACUUUGGCGGGAAAACCAUAACUUGUUUAGAUUUCUUAUGUUAGAAGCCAUUUCAAUAUUAUGUACUCUCUGAUGUUUUCUAAUGGAUACCUUACUGUUUGUCUUUUCUUUAGUGUUUUAGUCUUUUUAAUGUUUGGUUUUUACUUUCAUAAACAGAAACAAAACAGCAGUUUAGUUUUUUUGUUGUUUGCGUUUAAUAAAACAUAUUUUAACAUUUUCCUGCGGUUCUGGCCACAUUUAGCCCAGAACUAUGUGAGAAAAUCCAGUCCGCUGCUCAUUCAGCAGAAACAGUCUUGUCAGACUUUCUCUACUCAAUAAAGAAUAACAAUGCU